GUGAAUUUGAAGAGGGGUGAUGAAAUUUAUUUCCAUUUCAAUCCACGAUUCGAGCAAGGAUGUGUUGUGAUGAACAGUACAUCCGAAAGUGUCUGGCAAACCGAGGAGUACAUCCAGCCAAUUCCCUUCACUCACAACCAACUAUUCACUCUGGAUUUCGUUCGUACCUCGGACGACAUUGAGCCAUUUGUACUCACAAAUUACGCUGAAGAUGGUGCAUUCGUUGAUCUUCAGAUUCAUCUCGAUGGUAAGCAAAUUGGGAACUUCAGAAUGCGCAACGAUUUGUCAUCCGUUGAUAGUAUGGAUAUCGAGGGUAACCUGACUAUUCACUCGAAUGUGACAGAGGACUUUUCAUGGCAACCAAAGAUGAUCGAAAAGUUCACAACAUCACGACUCACUUGUGAGCAUGAAUCAGAAGAACUUCCGGAAUAG